AUGUUAAGAGUUGAAACCAAAACUUGGACGAGAGAUAGCCAUGAUCUGUUUGAUUAUGAAGCGCAGCAAGUUAACAAAAAAAGUUUUUUAAUUUCAACUCCAAUUAAACUUUUUCGUUCGAAGGCGCAAGUAUCAUGUGUAGCUGAUAAUCCCCACUGUUUGCCCAACACGGCGCAGGAUUAUCUGUUGUCGGUGCGGCCAGAGGAAGGUACGGACAAAUACGUUAUAACGCCCGCAGAACACUCGCUAAACAACCAGUACAAUGUGAAGAAGCUGUGGAUCAUUGUGAAGGACUUACCUGACAAAUCAUACGCAUUACACGAAAAUGACAUAAUAAAAUUAGGAAGAUUCAGAUUAAAAGUAAGGCAAUUUAUUGAUUCCGUGGAUACAUUAAACUCGCUAAAAUUAGACGAUUCUCCCUCUAAGAAAUGUGAAUCAAUUUUAGACUCCUCAAAUAUCCAAUGUAGAAUUUGUUUAAUAGAAGGGAACCAAGAAAAUGACCCUCUGAUAUGCCCAUGUGAUUGCAAAGGUUCCAUAAAGUAUGCACACCUCAUGUGUUUAAGAAAAUGGAUAAAUGGAAGAUUAAACCUGAAUGAUCAAUUAUUUUCCGGCUCAGUUUUUAUCAAAGAUAUAUGCUGUGAAUUGUGUAAAACAAAAUAUCCAAAAAGUAUCAAACAAAAUGAUGAACUAGUACAACUAGUCAAAAUUCCGAAUUUAAAGACUCCAUUAAUUGUGCUGGACAAUAUUAUAGGACAAACAAGCAAAGGAGUACACCUAAUCAGUUUUGCAGAUAAGAAAUAUCUGAAAUUAGGAAGGGGACAUGAAUCAGAUGUAAGAAUUCCAGACGUCUCCAUUUCAAGAUACCACGCUACUAUUAAAUAUGAAAAAGGAUUAUUCAAAUUGGAGGAUCACAACUCUAAAUUUGGAACGCUAGUUGCAUUGAGGAAAGCAAGGGAAAUAUGUCCCAAAGAUACCAUGUCACUUCAAGUAGGGCGAAGCGUUGUCAAUUUUCGAGUCGAUGAAGAAAUUCCCUACAAAAGUGGAACGAUAGAUAUUAUUGAAAACAAGGAAGUAAUAGAAACUAACGAAUUACCUCCAGCGAAUGAUAAGAAUAAUGUUAACACCCCGCAAAUUAGUAAUCCUAAUUUGGAAGAAGCUAACAGAAAUAACAUUGAGACCAACCAUUAUGUAGACCUCACCAACUCUACCAACUCCAUACAGAAUUCCUAUUCCUCCUAUCGUGUUGACAACUUAAUGUCCCUACUGAAUUAUCAAAAUGAGUAUAGAAUUUUCGGCAUAAGAAACUGCUACAAUUUGGUUGACAACAGGAAUGGCAAUCAGCAAAAUGUCACUCAGAUGGACUGUGCCGGAGGGAAUAACAUCAAUAUAGAAGAGAGCAAUCUUCACGGGGGUGAGAGCAAUAACAAUGGUGGAAUGAUUGGUGAGCACAUGGGAGUGCAGAUGGGCAUACCAAUGGGUCUACAGAUGGGUGUACAAAUGGACUUGCAGAUGGAUGUUCACAUGGGCCUCCAACUUGCAUCCGAAAUGGGGGCACAGAAUAACCACCCGAUGAACCCUGGCAAUGACGAGGAGAGAGCCUGCAGCGUAGGGCAUAGGGUCCAGAGCGACGGGGACGAGAACGACGCAAAUAAUAACGGCCACGACAACGGUAAUAAUAACAACGAUGAUGAUGAUGUUGUUGAUGAUGACGACAACGGUGACAACAGUAACGAUGAUGAGGGUGAUGACAUGAGCGUACAUAAUCAAGAGGAUGAUGAUGACGAUGACGAAAACGGAAGCGGUACGAACAACACUGGAAGUAGCGGUGGGAACAGUGGUGGCACCAGUGGAGGGGGAUCCACCGGUGGAAACAGCAACGGAAAUGACGGAAGGGGAAAUGAACAUGGAAGAAAAAAUAGCAAUCAGAGCAGUAACGAUAGCAUCGCUGACAACAAUGAUUCCAAUCAAGGCGGAAAUGUUAACUACCAUGGAAAUAUCUCCAACGGGAUUGAAACUAGCACCCCCACGCGGAACAUCGAAAUGUGCAAUAGUACCAGUUAUAAUCAAAUUGUAGAAAAUGAAGAACGUAUGGGGGAUAUCCGUGGCGACCGAGUCAGAGCCAACAAAAAUGAAGUCGGAACUUAUUGUGUAAACAUGCCUGUGCAGGGAGUCUACAUAAACAGGAACUGUGAGAAUGUAUACGACAAUUGCAAAGGUACCGUACCAGUGGUGACGAGUAAGUUCGACAACGUAAGUUUCUUCCAUAGUGCUAGCGACAAUGGUGGUAGUUACCAGAGCAGGAGCUACCCGUGUCGAAGCAACAUGGGGAAAUGUACAGAAGUAUGUAUCGAAGAUAACUACUUUUUUCACAACGAGUCGAAGACCCCUCAGCAGGUGGACUACCACAUAAACAGCGGAACUGUUAAUGAUAUGCUCAAAUCAAACUCCAGCACGCGUUUGGAAAAGAAUCAAGAUGCAGUAAUGAAUAACGGCUACCAUAAUGAGGAUUCUAAGGUAUGCUCCUUUGUCCAAUCGGUCUACCCCAUCAAGGGUAAGAACGAUUGCAAUGUUGUCAACGUCAUGUAUAACGGUUCGGACGGAAGAGUGAACCAUAACAACGCAUAUGUGGGGGAAGCUUAUAUAGAAAGUAGAAAAUAUCUUAACAGCGUACCCAUCCAAAGUAAUGGCAAAGAAGCAGGUAAUAGUAGUAGUAGUAGCAGUUGUAGUAGUGGUGCACGUACACCCCAUAAUUUUUUAAACGAAGUAAACAAACCAAAUAAUGGUUCUAUUUAUAAUUCCUGUGUAAACGUUUUUCCAAGCCUUAUCAACUUGAACAAUUGCUCUGUAAAUUUUGAAAGUGACCUGCUACCUGAAUUUGUUGGAAAAAAUUCUUUUUUUGUUCAUGACUUGGGUGACAAUCGACUGAAUAGCAUUGUGAAUGAAGAUAAAUUAAACAAAAGUAGUCGCCGCGCUAAUGAUAGUAGUGGUGUAAUGCAGAACGGAGUAGACGCCCUGAAGACACAACCCCCAAUGCACAGCGGCAGCAAUGAUUCAACGAUCACAUCGGAAGGAAAAGAAUUUUCUCUGAAGAACAAAAUGAAAAAAGGAAAUUUGCAGAGAAAAAGUGUUAUCCUAAGUAAUUUAAAAAGAAAAAAUACACAUAAUAAAAAAUUAAGAAGGUCUGUAAAUAACAGCCAUGUGGAGACCAUACGACAGCAGUAUAUAGACUACAGUAACAAGAAUAAUUAUUGCAUGAACCCAUAUAAUAGUGGAUGUGUAGAUGGGGCAAGGGCCCAUGCGGAAGCUACUUACUAUAAUGAAAAAUGCAGUUUGUCGAAAUAUGCAGAAAGUGAUUUUUUGGAGAAUAGCUCAUCUCCACGGGGAAUUUCGGAACAUAGAAUAUGUGGGCAACUGUCACUAACCACAACUUUGGAUUCCCCUUCUCCCGGCAGGGGGAGGAAUAAUUACUACUGCAGAAAGGAGCCCUACAAUGAGGAAUCCCCUUAUAACGAAGUGUUUUACGACGGGAACGAGGAGGAUUACAAGUUUGGCUGUGUCAAGGGAAGUUACAACAGGGGGUGCCAUGUGGGAAAUUCCGGCAACGAUCAAAGCAGCAGCGGGGGGGGUAACAAUGGAAACGCCGAGGCAGACACCCUCGUUGGGAACAGCGGUAUCGGAGACACGUUGCACCUGAAACAAUACCCCCAUCGCCUGGACUACUACAACGGCAUGUACGGAGUUUACAACGUUGCCCACUUUAAUGAAAAAUUUAGUGUCCAUGGGAACACCUCCCCUAACCAUUUGAGCAGAGUCAACUGCGGAAGUAACAAAUUUAGCUAUCAUACUCAGGGUACGGUCAUGCGAAGUGGAAAUGUUAAGGCAGAUUUUCUUUUAAAUAACUGUAGCAUGGGUGCAUGUCCGACUUACUUUAACAUACCUGUUGCGUUCAAUAACAAGUACGUGACGGGCUCGGGUGUCUUUUUUAUGAACACCGGGAACAGUGUUAAGGGCGUCUGUAGUGGAAGUAAUUAUACUGGCAACAAGAACCAACAGAAUAGGAUUCAUAAGGACGAUAAGGGCGAAGAACGAACUGACUGCAUAGUUGAGGCUAGUCGGAACUAUGGGACAUACAUUAAUGGAUGCCUGAAGGCUGGGAAUGGAGAACAAAGGCCAACCGAUGAUAAUAGCAGCAAUGUCGGAAUUCAGUUUCGUUAUGAAAAUAAUAACAUCACAGGUGAUUAUAAAUUCCAUUUGAAGGAACCUUACAGUGAGGAUGUGGUUCGAAGCGGCGGGGGGAAGGAAGAUUUCUGCGGAGGGUGCAACUACGCAUUGGGCGACAUGGUUCAAGCAAUGCAAACAAGCCAACUGGACGGAUACUCACAGGGCAGGAACGUUGUGGACCAAAAUGGAUGUACCCUUUCCAAGACAAGAAAGGAUUUAUUUUCAAAGAAAAAUAGAUAUAUCAACAGUGGAAGCAAUAUCCACUGCAACAGGGGGAGCGGCGGAAAGAGUGUGAACGAUACGCACGAGUAUACACAAGAGACACACUCGUGUUAUCGCUCCCAGAUGCAUAAGAAGAUCAACCCCAGGAUUAGGAAGAAUGACAAGAAAGUGACUAAUGAAAUAAACAAAAAUCAGAAUGACAGAUCGGGCGAUAAUAACAUCAGGAAGGUAAAAAAUGGGAAAAGACUGAAUAACAGAAAUGACAAAUGUCAGGACGACGGCGAAAGGUUCCAAAAUAGGCGAAGCGUAAACAAAGUAGGAUCGAAGAUUGCCCUUGAAAGUAGCACAAGCUGUGAUGAGGGGAAGCUAACCUAUUGCAAUAAUACUCCUUACAAGAAGGAUAUCAUUUCGGUUAAUAACGUCUCCAAGGGUCAUUUAGGUUUUCUUCAUAUUGCCAUGGAUAACAGUCAUGUUAAGGAAGCAGACAUUGUCGAAUCACAUAGAGCAGAUUUUUCUAACAUCCAUGCGGCCGGUUUCAUACCAAAUGGUGGAAUUUAUUUUCAUGCGUACAAUACCAGUGGAAUUCCAGGGCACCCCAAUGUAACCCUAAGCAUUAUCAAUAAUCAUAAGACUCUGAAUGGGGAUAAUAUCUACCGGAAAGAGGAGCCCGUGGUGUAA